AAUUUAUGUUAGCUGAACAAAAGUUUUUUUGAAAUUCUUUUAUAUUUAUUAAUUCAAAAUAUUGAUGGAAUAUUGCAUUUUACAACAAAAAUAAAAAAAAGUUUAAUUUAUAUUUCAAAUUUUAAUGGUUACCUACUUACUUUUAUAAAAAUAUCUAUUUUGUGGAACGUACAUUUAUGAAAAUUCACUGUUAAUAGAAUGAACAAAAAUGCAAGUAAACAGAUUAAUAAAAGCCGAUUUGGUAGAGUAUCCACUAAGCGCAAAUUUAGUGAACAAUUUAUAUCCUCUUCAACUUGUAUUCCUAAAGAUAAUUAUAUUAUAAAAAAAAAGAAAAAACAAAUUUGUUCAUCAAAAAGUGGUCAAUUUAGUGAUAAAAAUCAUUUACUCUUAAGUAAUUAUUGUAUUGGUGAUAUUGUUUGGGCUAAAAUGGGUAAAUAUCCAGUAUGGCCUGGGAUUAUAGUCAACGAUCCUGAUGAAAACAUUUUUUUUAAAAAAGAAAAUAGUACACUUAUGUUACAUUUAUACUUUUGUAACGACUUGCAAAAGAGAAGUUGGAUAAAAGAAAAUCAAAUAUUUGAAUUUGCUGGAAGAAAAAAAGUAGUAACUCAAUUUCCUAAAUUAAUUACACAAAUUAGUCGUAGUAAACUUAAGAUUAAGUGGAAUAAAGCUGUCGAUGAAGCUGAAAGUUUGGCUGUAAUAACUAAAAAUGAUCGAAUUAAAGCUUAUUUUGACAAUACAAUUUUACCUAUGAAUAGCGAUAAGACUACAAAGAAAUUACAGAAAAAAAAUCGGGAGUUGAAAAAUUCUCCAAAAACUCAAAGGACUAAAAUAUGCAGCUUUCAUAUCCAGAAAAAUAAUGAAAAUGAACAUCCUCGAAUACUAAUACCUGAAUUAUGCAAACAAUUUUACAUAAGUGGGUGGGUUACUGGAACAGGCGGAGGUAUCAGUAUAAAAUAUAAUGGCCAUAUUUAUAUUGCACCAUCUGGAGUUCAAAAAGAACGGAUACAAUCUGAAGAUAUUUUUGUUCAAGAUAUGAAUGGAAUAGAUUUAGAAGUACCACCAAAAGAAAAGCUUUUGAAUAAAAGCCAAUGUACUCCUAUUUUUAUAUGUGUCUACAAUGAACGUAAUGCAGGUGCAGUGAUUCAUACACAUUCUCCAGAGGUGGUAAAACUAUCUUUAUUAAAUCCUGAAAAUGAAGUUAGAAUAAAAGGCCUUGAAAUGAUCAAAGGUAUAUUUAAUGAUGAACUCGAUCGAUUUUAUAAUAAUGAUGAAGAUGUUAUAGUACCAAUUAUUGAAAAUUCAAAAUUUGAACGGGAUUUAGUUCACACAUUUCAUAAAACUUUAAAAAAAUACCCAGCUUCUUCAGCCAUUCUUGUUCGUAAUCAUGGUAUGUAUGUUUGGGGAAAAGAUUGGAAGUCUGCUAAAACUCAAUGUGAAUGUUAUGAUUACUGUUUCAAUAUACUGAUAUUUCAAAAAACUCAUUUAAUUCAGAUUUCUGAACACAACAAGUAAUUUAUUAAACUAUGCAAUUUAAAUAAUUUUAUUAAAAUAUUACAGAAAUAUAUUAACAAUUUACAUAUUAAUUUUGUAUGUAACAUUUUAUUUCUAUUUCUACUUUUUAAAAGGUUUUAAAAUGUCAAAACAAUUUUUUAAAAUACAUAUUAUCAUAAUUAAAUAAAUAAAUCUACAUCAUUUA